GAGGCUGAGAUCUGGAGGGCACUGUUUGAGGCUAGCCUGGGCAGAAAAGCCCACUAGACUCCAUCUCCAAAAUAACCCACCAAAAGCAGGGCUGGAGGAAUGGCUUGUAAUAAAGCACCACCCUAGCAAAUUAGCAAAUGUAAGUUCAAUCCCCAGUAUUCUCCAUUAAAAAGGAAAAAAAAAACCCACUGGUGCUAUAUUCUUUGUUACAGAUAUUCAGAUAAAAGGCCCAACUUUUCAGUACUGGGGUUUGAACUCAGAACCUUGCACUUGCUGGCUGGGCUCUCUGCCGUUUAAACCAUACUCUAGACCUACUUUUUGCUUUAGUUGGUCUCUGGAUGAGGAGAGUGGUCGAUACUCUCUCUGCCCUGAGCCCCUGGGUGAGAAUUAGCCUAAGCAGGUUUAAACUUCAGGCUGGUUCCCUGCAGUCCCCAGGCACACACCCACUCAGCCCAUAUGUGAGCAGCCGCCUCCCCUGUGCUUUGGUUUGUCAUCAGGGGAGGCAAACUCAUCUCAGGCUAAGCCUGAGCGGAGUAUAAUUAGGACAGCAAAUCCACUGUUUAACAAAUAGGUCCUAUGGCAGAUUUCAAAGGCCUAGGGAAAUGACUUGAUGCUGAAGGAAGGACGAUUUGAUAAAAUUGCUUCCAGCCAGGGCAUGAAGUCUUAAGACAUGGUUUGCUGCAGAAAAUGCAGCAUGACCAUUGUGAGGCCGCUGAGGUGGUAGGAGUGGGCAUGAUUUUGUCAGUUUCUUUGUUUUCAUGUGCCUCACAAUAUUAGCCUUCCCUUUACCCUAAUCACCAGCCUCAAUUCCACCCAGGCAUCAGUUGCUUGUGCCAGCAGGAGCAAGCAAGCCAAGUGUUCAUGAGCAGGUCCUUCUGGCAAAGAUCUUCUCACCAGUCAUUCCCUGGCUCCUGGCCCCCUGUCUGGCUGAACUUCCUUCCUCUUUCCUGGGAAGAUGUUCCUGGUGGGCCUGACGGGAGGCAUUGCCUCAGGCAAGAGCUCUGUGAUCCAGGUGUUCCAGCAGCUGGGCUGUGCAGUGAUUGACGUGGAUGUCAUUGCCAGGCAUGUUGUCCAGCCCGGGUACCCUGCUCACCAGCGCAUUGUGGAGGCCUUCGGCACUGAGGUGUUACUGGAGGAUGGCAAUAUCAAUCGCAAGGUCUUAGGGGACCUGAUCUUCAACCAGCCUGACCAGCGCCAGCUGCUCAACUCCAUCACUCACCCUGAGAUCCACAAGGAAAUGGUGAAGGAGACCUUCAAGUACUUCCUCCGGGGAUAUCGCUACGUGAUCCUCGAUAUCCCCCUUCUGUUUGAGACCAAGAAGCUGCUCAAAUACAUGAAGCAUACAGUAGUAGUAUACUGCGAUCGAGACACGCAGCUGGUCCGGCUGAUGAAGCGGAACAACCUGAAUCGAGAGGAUGCAGAAGCACGCAUCAAGGCCCAGCUGCCCCUGAAGGACAAGGCCCGCAUGGCCAACCAUAUUCUAGACAACUCCGGCGAGUGGAGCAUCACCAAACGCCAGAUCGUUCUCUUGCAUGCCAAGCUGGAGCACUCCCUGGAGUACUUGCCGCUGAGGCUCGGGGCCCUCAUGGGUUUGGCUGCCAUCGCCAGCCUCCUCUACCUGCUUACCCGCUACCCUUCUGCCUUCUCCCUAGCUGGAAGACCAAGAAAGGAAACACCUAGGCCUCCUCUUGGAGGCUAAAGUCAGAUACAUGUCUACACACACACAGACACACACACACACACAAUCUGAGUCAGUGCCUGUGCUGGACCAGCCCUUCCUCGGAUCACAUCCUGACAGGCAAGAAGCAACAGGUCCCUGCUAGUAGGUGCUCCUUCCCACCCUACCCCUCCUUUCCACCCCUCCUUCCUCUUGCAGCGCCCGCAGAACAGUAUCCAUCAUGGCAGGUUCCACUUAGGCCUGUGGGCAGAGUGCAGUCUCUGCAGCUCUUGCAUCUGGAUGGCUAGAGGUUCCCUGGCUUAAACCUUGAACAUCUGUCUCAAGAUGACCAAAACCUUCUUAGUACAUCUUAGAAAGUCCUUCUGGAGCAAGGGUUUUUCAAACAGAACUCUCCUCUAGGUCGAAGCGUUUGGCCAGAAUACAGUACGGAUCAUUUCAUUAGCAAUGCUAUGGCCAGGCAAAGGCAGAAUUUUUCUGACCUGUUUUCUCACUGGGCUUUCUCCGUGCUCCCUCACCCUGCCUUCUGCCUCCCAGCCCUGAACUCCUGCUACUCCACAAGCCCAAUGCUGUCUCACCUCUGUGCCUUCCCCUGGAUGCUCCCUGGUCUGCUUUUAGUUUUCCUCUUCUAACUCGCUAACCCAACUCAGGCACCAUCUGAAGCCCCAGGCAGGGCUAGGUGCUCUGAGACACCAAACUCCCUUGUUCUGCUUUAAUCAGUGGUGGAGUAAUCAACCAGAAGCUGGUUGGUUUCUCAGAGAUUGUAAGCCACUUGAGGGCAGGGCUGUUUUAGUCAUCUCUGGGUUCUAGUGUAGGGCCUGCUCACUGUUGGUGCUCAAUAAAUUGUUGAUCUGAAAAACCCA